GCUUAGCUGGUGAAGAUCAUCUUUUACCGGGACAUCCAGAUUCACCUUACAAUCCAAGUUCUGGAUCAGCUCCAUAUGCAGGAACAACAGCCGAUGAGUUGUACAAACAGGUUGAUCAUCUUAAUGGCUUGGUUUCUUCAGUAUUUCCAACACUUGAUGGCACCACUUCCUCUUCCAAUCAAGUUCCUCCCAUUCCUGACUCAAGCAUUACAUUCCCAGUGGAAGUAGACACUACCGGCACACAAGUUCCAGAAGACACGGCCUCAAGAACAGAAGCACCAUUCCUUCCUGGUGCAGGGGAUUCAAGUAUAGCUGGUGAAACUACAACAGAAUCUAGUGCUUCCACUGAUGAGGAUGUGCCAUAUGACUAUGAAUAUGAAGUUUAUGAUGAUUAUGCCUAUGAAUAUGAUGAAUAUGAGUAUGGAGAUGAAGAUGAAGAUACAGAGUUUGAGUAUUAUGACUAUUACCCGGAAGGAGCCCGGCACAAGCGGCGAUCUAAGAAAAAUAAUGUCCAGAGUGACUCAGACCCUAGUCACCAUGAAGAAGGAAGAUCUGAGUCUUUACCACAACAGGAGGAACAUAACAAGAGAAACAAAAACCAAAAGCAUAUCCACACAAUGAAAGGCAAGAAGAAGAGCACCACCGAUAAGAAGAGAAAGCACAAGUCAGGAAACAGAAAAAAUAAUCAGAAUUAUCACACCAUUGAGAGACCAGAUACAUCACCAGUUGUAAAUCCAUUAGAAAGUACCCAAACAACAACACCAUCAACAACUACUCUGUCUUCCAGGCAAAUCCUUGAGGACAGAGCAGCAAGAGUAAGAGCACUGAAAUUGAGAGCUCAGCAGUUACGCGCACGACAGCUAAAAAAUUCAGAUGGAAAAAAGGACAUCCAUCCGCUGCGAAGAUUCUCUGAAAUCACUCAGAGGACAAAGAGAGAUUUAGCUUUCCCAUUUAACAAGCUUUCAGAAGAGCUCUUAGAGAUCAGUUGUUCUUAUUUUCAGACUUCCAAAGCUUCACUGCCAUAUCCUCACUCAAGUGCAAAUGUUGUCAUAGACAUGUCCCAGUUUUUUAACUCUGUACUUAGCUUACUCCUGCAACUUGGGGAAAACAAUACCCAUGACUGUUGGCUGCUUACACUAAUCACUCAGCUACUGUGUUCUGAGACAUCAGAUGCAGAAAGAAUAAAAGUAACUUUUAUCUGUAUUCUAGAUAAUAUGCCUACUUUAAUUAGUUUAUGUAUAACUGAAGAGAUGCUAAAGGAUGAAUGUGAAUGCCUCUCUAUUGACAGUACUAUAUCUGCAGCCAGUAAUCCAGAAUGA